AUGGUUUGUUUUUCCGGUUUUCUCUGGUUCUUCCAGUCUGGAACUCCGAGGCCUCGGGUGGCCUUUGCUGACCUUGAAGGGCAAGGUGACAAAGGCUUGGAACAGGACUUGAAAAUCGCUACCCCUUUGCUGAUUGUCUCCAAGGCGCGCUGGACACUUCUUCACAGCAUUCGUUCGACGGAACGCAUUUUGACCUAUAGGUCCCUGCAGCUUCUGAUGAUGGCUGGCAACUGCAUUGCUGAGCGAAAGGCACAAGUUGGGAAACGUUGGGCACAGGCAUCAUCUGGGCGGCUUGACUUGCAAGAUCGGCGAGGGCUCUUCGGCUGCUUGCACAUCGUGCUUCGCGACUGUGCCCACGAUGAGGUCGAAUGCCGCAGCAUUAUCUUUGACCAUGAGGAUGAAGUGAAUGCUGAGACCGACCAACAUGCCAAGGCAAUGCAAAAGCGGAAUGAGAUCCGGAAAUCGAUCGAGAUCUCCUUUGAGGAUGUGGCUCCAGAUGACUACACAAAAGCCAACAAGGAGGGUUUCGCAGACAAGAUUGAUGACAUCCGCAUGCUGACUGGCAGUGUCAUUGCUGCUUUGAUGCCCGAGCUGGCAGAGGCCAUGAGGAGCAACGAGCCUGCACUGAAUCCUCCAAGUCUUGUGGAUCGUGUGGCAGCCAUGGAGGUGCAGAGAGCCAUGGAUGAGCUUGUUGAAAGAGCUGGCAAGGACGCCGCGGCGGGUGCAAGCUCCAGUGAGGAUUCCUCCUACUCCAAUGCCUCCGCCCACAAGUACAAGCAGAUGAUUCAGUCGGAGCAGAUGCAGCACGCGAGCUUGCCAUGUACGCUUCAAAUGAUGGAAAACAGUUUCGGCCUGGUCCAGUCUGACUCCAUGGACCUGCAAAAUGAUCCGCGAUUCUUUCAGGACAACGUGUUGAACAAAAGGUGCGGCAGCAUGCGGCAGCCAUGGGACCAUGGGAAGCGACGGUUUGAUCAUGGGGAGAUUCUUGGAGAACUACGUCUGACCGUCUAUGAAAAAUUUGCACAUAGAAUCCAUUAA